GUAUAACAAAACCAUGUAUAACUAGCCAGUGCACUAGGACCCAGUCGUGCGUCGUCUGGUCGUUCAGACAUGAUGGCAGACUCUGGUCAAACACGGAAGGAUGUGGAUUUGGGAUUCUGUAGUGAAUUUCUCAGGCCCUCCGAGCUGUUCGCAGCGCGGUCACGGAGCCACAAGAUCCCGUUGCGGGGCCAGAAGGACUUCAUCCCGGAUGCGUCGGAACAGCAGCAACGGAGGCUGGAACACAGCCUGGCGGAGCACUGGAACCUGCUGUCAGAGGAGCGGGUGGAGAGACUUGGAAACCUGGUGAAGGGCGUGUGGACCCCCCUGGACGGCGUUGUGGAGCUGCAGUCCCCCGCUGCGAAGUUCUGGCAGACGAUGGGAUUCUCUGAGCGUGGAAAGCAGCUUCUGCUUCCUGAAGAGGCUCUUUACCUCAUGGAGUGUGGGAACGUGCAAGUGUUUUACCGUGACCUCCCGCUGUCGAUCCAGGAGGGCUAUGAGCGGUUUCUCACCCAGGACACCGUGAGUCUGCAGCACUAUCAGGUCUUUGGCCAUUUGAAGAGACUGGGAUAUGUUGUGACCAGAUUUGAUGGGUCCCACAUCCCGUCCCUGUACGAGCGGCAGCUGAACCUGCCGCAGGUGUCGGACCGGCCCGGACGCCGGCUGAAGAGGAAACGCAGCCUCAGCCCAGGCUCCGGGCACGCUGACGGACCAGAGGGGCGGGGGGGGGAGAAGAUGGAGGUGGAGCAGGAGGGGGAGACUGCAGGCCUGAGCCCUGACUCCAGUCUGGACCCAGCCCCUGCGCAGGAGGAGGAGGAGGAGGAGGAGGAGAGGCCAGACGUGUGCUCAAGAGAGCAGACUUGUGGAACGGGGGAUUCCGUGGAGAUGGCGUCUGCCCCUGACUCCGCCCCUGACUCCGCCCCUGACCCCGCCCCUGGGCGGAGCUGGUGGGCGGGGCAGGAGGCGGAGCCAGAACAGGGGCUGCCACGUGCCUCCGGGGCCCGCUGGGACUUCAGCGCCUUCUCGUUCCCGGACCUGGGCAGCAGGGGCCCCCUCCCCAGGCUGGCAGCCCCCGACCCCGCCCUCCUGCCGGGGCCCCUGUCCGUGGGGCCCUGUGACGUGGCUCCCUGGCUGCGGAGGUUGAACACGCAGAAGGAGCGGCUGACCCAGCGGGAGCGCGACCGGGCCCGGUACCGCCGCGACGUGAACAGGGACCGGGAGGUGCGCCGCUGCGGGAACUGGGCCGAGUACCGCCACCUGCUGGAGCGGAGGAGUCAGCGCAGCCGGCGGGAGAGACCCGCGCACCUGUGGGAGGGAGAGGUGAAGCCCCUGCUGCAGCCGGGACAGUGCGCCAGCCCAGGUGACGUGAUGAAGAGGAUCGGCGUGAUUCAGUCUUCCCAUUGGCAGGAGGGAGUGUCUCGACCGGGACAGGACCCGCCGGAGUGGACCAUCUUUUUCAACGUCUACCAGCCUGACAGUGUGGCCGACUUCAAGAAGUCCAGCCCCGGGAAGCCAUACACGCGCAUGUGUGUGUGCAGGUUCGACAGCCCCGUGCCGGACCUGCGGACCUUGAAGCUGCUGUCCUUCCAGAGCGGGGACGUUCCCGUCACCUUCGCCGUGGUGGACCACGGUGACAUCUCCUUCUACACCUUCAAGAGCUUCCGGCUGCCCACGGACCUGUCCCACUGAGGGACCUGGGCACCGGCGGCCAUUUUGAUCUGGCCCGGGCACCGCGGCGGCCAUUUUGAUCCGGUGCGAGAGCAGGGUGCCGGGGCGGCCAUCUUGAAUCGGAGGGGGGGCAGGGUGCCGGGGCGGCCAUCUUGAUUCAGUGGGGGAGCAGAGUGCCGGGGCGACGCCCGCUUCAGUGACCUCACGGGGUCAAAGUUGACAAAGACCCUGUCACCGCUGCUGCUGUUCCCGAAGUGCCCCGAGAGGCGAGGGAACAUUCCGGAACGAAGCCCCACCGCAUCAGAUCAGGAGCGAGCUCUGUUCAGAGAGCCUUGUUCACGAGCGCACUAUAAAGCCCGUUACGCGCUCUACGCAAAGGAACGCAAAAACGUGAUCGUGGGAAACGACACACGGAGCGACGCACGGGGGCGUUCUCGCGUCCCCACGUAGUGAAAUGUGUGGACCCAAAAUCUUAACGCAACGCAAACGGGUGACGCGUUUCCGCUAGAGGCGCUAAAUUUAAACGGGAUGUAAAGAAGUUAUCCUUUCAAACCAGAUUGGGCCAGGCUGCCACCUUGUGGACUGGAGGUGCAUAGCCUCAGAUAGGGCUCAAAGAAGCCGGCGAACAAGUGUUUUGCAUAUAAAGAGCUUGCGUUUGCCCUGCGUCUGUGUUCCUUGCAUAGAGUCUGUAACGGGCUUCAGGCUGCACGGUGGGCCUGUCUCUGUCCUCGCUCUUCAGCACAAUGUGCAGGACAUCAACAGGAAGGGGCAGAGCCCCAGGGUUUGGUACAGAGACUUCGUACAACGUUCAGCCAUUUUUAUGUUCAGUGGACUCCUCCCUCGGGCGAUUUUCUUUGCGUACUUAAAUAAUCUGAGGGGGAUAAUCGGUAACACUUUACAUCAAGGUUAGUGUUAAGACAGUUCAUGUAUUUGUUCAUGGUUGGCUGCUUAUGGGUUUAUGCUUAUGUGGUUUGUUUAUGUAUAAAUGUUCUGGUCCAGUUCAUCCUGGGGUUACACGAUGUGUUCUGGUCCAGUUCAUCGUGGGGUUACACUAUGUGUUCUGGUCCAGUUAGUCCUGGGGUUACACUGUGUUCUGGUCCACAUAGUCCUGGGGUUACACUGUGUUCUGGUCCAGUUAGUCCAGCACAGUACCCAGUGAAUGCAAUACGGCUAAGCUGCUAAUUCGAUACUGAUAUUUACUUGAAAUCGCUCCAUUUAAAGACCUACACGUUCUCUUGGAGGCUUGAUGGUGCCAAUAUGAAUACGAGCUGUUUACUCGGUCGUGUUUUGUUAAUACCUCCCCUCUCAAAUAAAUUUGGAGCAGCAGUCUCAUUUAAUCAUAAUUUUAUGUUCAAUUAAUUGUUCUCGGCCUCAUCGAAUGGCUAAUUACUCUGAGCAAUAAAGUCAAGUUCCUGUCUGUAUUAGUUUUUAAAGACUCUCCGUUGAAUAGAAUAACUUGCCGACCUACAUUUACUGGUGUCCUUCUGUUAGUAGGAAAAUGCAUUCCAACCGGCCAUGUCAGUGGCAAAGAGUUGGCAGGAAAUGCAUUUGUGCAGCGGUAUUAACCGAGGGGUCAAAUGGAAAACGCUCUGUACCAGACCAGAUGUGCGUGCUCGUUUUUGUUUCAAAUACUUUUUUUUUUUUUGCUCAAUUGCAGUUGAGCCGACCAAGAGGAUCACAAGGCAGGGUGUGCCCUUUUUUGACAGUAUUUCAUAGGUUCCAAUAUCCUAGACCAGCUCAGCAAGGCAUAGAAAAGUAUUUGAAUCCAAAAACGAUUGCGUAUUUGACACCAGUGGUCUGCUGUGUACCAAGGUAGGGGAAAUCCUUGCACUCUCUGCUUGGAAAAGGGCAGGACAGGGUAACCUGUUGCAUCCGUUUAGUCUGACAGGAAUGAUAAAGGGAAAAUAGAGAGCUCUUAUUUUCAUAUUUUUCGGCCAGUCCUGUGCGCUUCACCGCGAGGCUAAUUUUCCGUGCAGUGUACAGCCCUAGUCGAUGAUGGAACCCUAUUAAACCUGACUGCCUAAAA